CAAUAUUUGUAACUUCAAAUACAAAAAUGACACACACAUACAGACAGCAUAAUCAUAACCAGCAAAUCAUAACCUUGUCAUAGACACCUCAUUCGACAACUUUUGUACAAUAUUUGGUGCAACUAUAGGACCUUAGUUGCAAAAAUAAUCAAUACGGUCACAAUUCAUGUCAAUAACGUCACAAGAGCCGAAUUGGAGCCAUUUAUACCUAUCUGAUUGUUGAUUGUCUCUGUCAGAUGGACACUCAAAGAAGUCACAGAAUUCAUUCCUUAGAACUUUCUGCUAGAAGUUCAGUUCCAGUCAAGGAGAAAGACAACCAAUAUCAGAAACAGCUUCCAGAAAAUUGAGUUUCUACUCUCAUCCAAUUUGUAUUAGAAGAAAAAUGGAGUGAGAUUACUUAUGAUAUUCAUGGUCAUCAAAACUUUCCUGGGGACUAAGACUCAGAUAGGUCUUAAGAAAGUGAAACAACUUUGUGGUAAAAAUGAAUUUCAAGGUGUCACUCACUUCUAAAUCAAGAAGAUCAGCAGUGUACUCUGGAUAUAAGGUUUAAUAUCAAAUAAAAUAUUUAUUGACAUUCUUCUUGACUUGAUUACUUUGAACCUUGGAACAAACAGCCUUCCUGAUGUAUGGAUGCGCCUCACAGUUUCAGAUUUACAAAAUCUGGCAGCUACAUUAAUGGUGAACUCAGAACUUAUUGAUUGGUGCAGAUUCUUAUUAACAGCAGCUCAACCAUGGCCAGUUCCCUCUGUGAUACAGCUCCUUAAUACCCUGCACAGCUUUAAGGCUGUUGAUGAAGCUGGAUCAGGCUUUGUUACACAGGAAUACUAUAAUCAGGUUGGUUUAUGGUUUAAAGGUAGUGAAGAUUUAAAAAUGCCAGAAAAUCCUACAGAGCCUUUGGCUUUUAAUAGACAGGAGCAUCUUAUAAUGUUUUUCUUUAUUUUAUUUGCUGAUGCCAGAAAAGAUCCUUCACAACUUGACUACACUAAGAUGCUGCUUUAUUUUGCUUCACAUCCUGAUGCUGUUGAGGGAGUAUACCGAGCACUUAGUAUUGCUACGGGAACAUACAUCCAAAGAAGAAAAGAAGUUUCUCCUCCACAUAUGUCUCUUUCCCACACUGAUAUGCUGAUAAAGAAGGAACCUUUGGUGGAAAAAGAAAAAAUCUUAUAUUGCACAGAUGAAGGAAGAAUUUCUAUGGCAACUCUACAAAGAGUGUUCCAUCACGAAGAAAGUAAAGCUGGUGACAACCAUAGAUUCAGUAGUCAGCAGAAGGCAGGCAGUAAUAAUAAGCAUUUCAGAAAAAUAUACGAGGAAUUGGGCUCUGAGGAUCUGAAACCCAUUCCAGUUACCAUUCUUUUGAAGCAUCCUUUCAUUCAGGACUUGAUUAACAACUACCAGGGAUACAAACUUCCUAGCGGAUACAGGAGACGCCGCAUGGAACAAUGUGAUGCCAUGCAAGCAGUCCUGCUGGAAGACAUUGAGUGGAGCAAUUCACAUUUACUGGUGACAGUCAUGCAUCACCUUGACAUGGUUGAGCGCCAUUUCUGGGUUCGGGAAACAAGCACUGACUGGUGGGACAGCAUCAUUAUACAGCUAUGGGAUGAUGAGCAAAUUGACAAAACUGUCCCAAAAGAAUCAGCCUUACCCUACAAGAAAGCACAAGGAACUUUAGCCAAAUGA